GUGUCACAGCUCAGGAGGGGCACCUCCCAGGGCGACCUGGGCGCGCUUUUGACCGCUGGGGGUGGCCAGAAGAGGGCGGAGAGGUUGACCGUGGAGGAUUACAUGCGGAUUUUGACGUUCGAGGGUGCCCUUACACCAAAGACAUAUUCAAACUUGCACGAUCGGUUCGCCAGGAAGCUCAGGGACGAGUUGGAGUCGAAGAAAGAGAGGACCCACGAGUACUUCUUAAUAAAGGAGCACAUGGAAAAGAUGGACAAGGUCUUGGCGUUCGCGGCGACAGAUAUCUCCACGCGCCCGAGCGCUGACUUGCAAGACGACUUGAAGGUCAUAAAUGCGAUCGUCGGGACGUGGCCCACCAACAUCAAGGACGCCAUCAUGGCCAGGCGCAUUUCCGACUUGGGAGAGAUCAACGACCGUUCAAGCGACGCUGCAAUCAAAGAGAUGAUGCUCGCAAUUGUACCGUGGAAGACUUCAAAUUGCGAUGGGGAUGUCGUAUUCGAUCCGCUCAACCCGAGCUUAUCCAUGAUGGACGGUUCGCAGCAGGAGAAAGCAAACAAGUUCAAAAAGUUGAUGCUCGACCACGUGAUCUCGAAGCUGCUAUCACAAGGCCCGCCCGUGAAGGUCCGCACCCUUCAGGUGUGCAGCUUGGCCCUGGAUAUCUUCAGGCGGAAGCCCGACGACUUGGACGAUGACGUGCUGGCGAUGCUUUUCACGAUGGUGAAGGUUUUGAAGGGCCUGAUUUCCCUGUGUGACGGCGCGGACACUCGCUUCAUCGAACAAGGCUGCCUACUCAUGGAAGUUCGAAAAGGCAGCGGCGCUCGCACGACGGUAGACGAAGUCGCAGCCAUCAUCCGUGGGGUGCCCUCCUGGAAAGAUGCAAUGGACGACCUCGUGAACAAGGGGCCCUCGACGAGAGAGCACCUCGACGCUUUCAUCGCCCUCCAGAAGCAGCCCGGCCAGCCAAGGGGCGCGAGCACUUUGGACGUCAAGGUCAUGUCAACUGCACUCUCUGAGUACUCGAGCCUCGCGCCCAAGAUGCGAUUCGAGCUGAGCAUCUCAUUGAAGAAGCUGUUGGUGAAGCACCUUGACCGCGCACGGGACGAUGCCAUUAAGUACGUCAAGUCUUUGAGGGGUUGGGAGUUGAGCAACAUCCCAGUGGGCACUGCGACGACGACUGUAUCUGAGUUCCAAUCCCUGUUCAAGCAGGCAGACGGUCUCUUGGAUCUGGAGGACUUCAACGCGAAAGACGUGCUCAAGGAGCUCGAUAGCGCGGAACAGUUGGUCAGUGAUUCGAGCCAGUGCCAGUCUUUCGUCGAUGUCAUGGGGGCCCUGAGGACCACCUCGCCAUUCGAAUUGCAGGAGACGGACGUGCAGAAGAUUUACGACCACGCGGUGAGGGCGCCAAAACACGAUGCGACCAUGGCGAAUGCCGCUGCUCCCGCAGCUGCAACCCUCUGCGACUUCGUUGAGACCGAGGCUGGCUGGGAGCACCCCCAGCUCGACAGCCUCUUGGAGAUCGGAGUGGAGCUCGGCAAGUUUCAGCUGGUGGACGCUAAGCUCAGGGCCCGCUUUCAUGCGAUGAAGAAGGCAAUCGCCCUGAAAAUUAGUCGUCAGGCCUACGCAAGGCUCGGAACGGCGCCGCUCGACAGAGCCCACGCCGACUCCGCGCUCCUGCAUGCGAAGAGCUUGCUAGCGGCGUUCGAGGAUUUCGAGCAGGCGAUCUCUGCAGUGGGGGAUAACUUCCCGCCACCUGGCAGCAUCAUGGGCGCCGAGCGUGGCGCCUGCAGCACGGACCUCAAGGAGAUCUACGAGAACGCGCUGCUGGCCACGGGCACGAAGAUCAACCACAAGGUCGAGGAGUACAAGGACAUUGCCAUCGACGCCGCAGGCAUCAGCAAGCGCUGGACCGACCAGAUCGGCAAUAAUAAGGUAGACGGUGAUGGGAUUGUCGGCGCUCACAAGCUGGCCAAGAAGACGCUGCUCCAGCUGAACGGCGAUGAGUUGGAGAAUAAGGUCUCGGAGCUCAAGUCGCUGCGGGCCGAUCUCGUCAUCGUCAUCGACACGUUCGGCCGUGAUCAAAAAGAGGUGGAGUUCCUGAAAGAUGGCAGCGAUUUCAUGAAGUGCAUCGUCUCUGGAAGCAUGGCGGUCAUUGAGGCGAAGCUGAUGAUGGGCUACGGUAAGUUCAACGGCAAUCAACUGAGCAUGCACAAGUUCGUGGUCAAGUUGAACAAAGAGAAAAAUAAGCUGGACCCACCCAUUACGAUGGUUCCAGUUUUACGCCAGUACAUGGAUGAUACUGCCAACUUGGACUGA